ACAACAUCCAUGGAAGCCUAACGUGUCAAAGCAGACUCCUUUGGCUGUCGGAUGGCUCUCAACAUGCGGAAUACCGCGAAGCGCAUCAGCGGACCGUCCCUGACGACUGAACCCGGAAUAGACCAUCACCAACUCGCUCAGAUCUAAGCCCGUAUCCAAGAACCCGGAUGCGCACUCCAAGCGACGCAACGCCUCUCGAACGCUAUCACGAAAAGCUAUGUCGUACUCGGCCAUCCUAACCCUCCCCAUCUCGGCGCCACCUUCUCCGCAAAAGUCGCGUCGUACCACAACCCAGCCUAAAAUAAGAAGAAGCUUUAAACUUCAAUCUACCUGCUCGUUCUUGUCCCAAACAAGCGAUUUCUUAUUUUCAGUGACGUUCUUAUUCGUCGAGGUUCUAUAUUCGCUUCCGUCCCCCUGCUAUAUAUUCAUCCACUUUAAACGGUCGCCACGGUCCGACGGUUUAUAUACCAGGUACAUUGCGAACACUAAUUUCAUGCGUCACAUGCGCAAUACGGCGCUAGAAGCUAUGGGGUCUUCGUUAUAUGGGAUCAGGGCGCGUCUACCCUAGACUUGGCUAGACUCGGGCUUGAUUGUUGUGAUCUUCUUAUUCUAUCUUUCAGCUUCUGUUGCUUUUGCUUCACAAAAGACAGUUUGAGCACUCUCAAGAUGUAUUCAUUCUCUACGAUU